AAGUCUUUGGGUCUUUCCUCCCAUCCAAACGUAACCUUAUUCCUCUCCUUUAUUGACCCCGGACUACCGUAAACAAGAAUCUUGAAUCAAAAGCAAACAAGCCGACAACCUCUAACAAUUCAAAAUUUGUGCGCCAGAGAGUCCUGACGCUGGCUCAUGAAAUUAGCUAAUGCUACCCGCCUAACUCAAACCCUGAAAAUUUGGCCCAAGUCCCUCAAUCCUGGACAAUAUCAAACUAUCAUUCCUGUAUUAAGAUCAUGCAAACAAACGUCUGAAAUCUCUCAAAUCCAUGGCUAUGUUAUCAGAACUGGCCUUGACCAUGAUCCUUUCAUUUUAAGUAAGCUUCUUGUUGCUUCUUCACUGCUAGACGUAGAAUAUGCAGCUUCCAUUUUCAAGCAAAUUCACAACCCAAAUCUUUUCAUGUACAAUUCUAUCCUUAGAGGCUACUCAAUUAGCGAUGACCCAAACCAAGCUUUUAGCGUUUUCAAUAACUUGAGGGCUAAAGAUGGGAUUUUGCUAGACCAAUUCUCCUUCAUUACAACUCUUAAAGCCUGUAGCCGUGAAUUUGCAAUCUUUAAUGGUCAAACGAUUCAUGGCCUUGCUUUGAGAUCUGGGCAUGUGUUUUUCAUCAAUGUUAAGAACACCCUUUUGCAUUUUUAUAGUGCUUGUAGAAGAAUUUUUUAUGCCCAUAAGUUGUUUGAUGAAAGUCCUGAAGUGAACGAUGUCGUUUCCUGGAACAGUUUGAUGGGGGGUUACCUUCAUGUUUCUAAGCCUGAUGUUGUUCUAGCUUUGUUCAGAGAAAUGUGUUGCAGUUGUUUGACAGCGAGUGUUACUACAUUUUUGACUGUUUUGUCUGCUGUUGGUGAAGCAGGGGAUUCACUUGGGGGGCAGUCACUUCACGGGCAUUGUUUGAAAGUUGGAUUUUGUUUUGAUUCAAAUCUGGUGUCUGCUUUGAUUGAUAUGUAUGCAAAAACUGGAAACGUUUCUUCAGGGCGUAGGGUUUUUGAUGAGGUUGUUGUGAAGGAUGUUGUAUUGUGGAAUUGUAUGAUUAGUAAGUAUGCUGAGAAUUGCCUGCUUGAAGAAUCUUUAGCUUUACUACGGCUCAUGAAAGUUAAGCAAGUAAAGCCUAAUUCAGCUACAUUGGUAGGAUUGCUUUCGGCUUGUGCUGCUUCUGGAGCUACAAGUCUAGGAGAGAGCAUUGGUAGUUAUGUGGAAGAGGAAGGAUUACCGUUGGAUGCUGUUAUUGGGACAGCUCUGGUUGAUAUGUAUGCUAAAUGUGGGGUUUUAGACAAGGCCAUUGAUAUUUUUGAGAGGAUGGAGAGCAAAGAUGUGAAAUCAUGGACAGCGAUGAUUGCAGGUUACGGGGUUCAUGGUUGGGCACUAGAUGCCAUCAGAGUAUUCUACAGAAUGGAGGAAGCAGGAUGUAGACCUAAUGAAGUCUCAUUUUUGGCAGUUUUGAGUGCUUGCAGUCAUGGAGGGCUGGUCAUGGAGGGGAUGAAAUGUUUCGAGAGGAUGGGUCAAGAGUAUGGUAUUAUGCCAAAGAUUGAACACUACGGAAGUAUAAUUGAUCUUUUUGGUCGUGCCGGAUUGCUGGAGGAAGCACAUAAUUUUAUCAAAAGGCUGCCCAUCAAAAGCGAUGCUACUGCAUGGCGUGCACUGCUCUCAGCUUGCCGAGUCUAUGGAAAUGUUGAGUUGGGGGAAUGUGUGAAGAGUAUAUUGGUUGCAUUCGAUAAUGAACAACAUCCCACGGAUUCAAUCCUUCUUUCUAGUACUUACGCCAUUGCCGGAAGAUUGCCGGAUCAGACAAGGAUGCAGGUACUGGAAAAAGAUAUGUUUAAAAGGGCUGGGAUCAGGCCAGCAGGAAAGGAGGAUAAGAUUAUGAAGCAAGCUGGAUAUAGCACAAUCGAGAUGGACUGUGAGGGGUUUGAACUCUAGUUGCUCAUAGACCUCCCACCAUCAGCCUGGCUUAACCUGGAAUGUUUCUUUAAGUCUUUUCUAGACUAAUUCUGCAGAUUGGCCGGCAGUAUUAGUUUGCUGCUUUAAUUUAGUUACUAGUUUACUCAAUUACUGCAUAUCUGAUGGUAAAGAUGCCUAUGUUGAGCUUUUUGUUACUCUCCAUUUAUUUAUUGUUUUUCUAAAUUUUUUGUCAAAAAGUGAAGAAGGAUAUUUGAUCAAGUGAGUUCCUGACAAAUGCAGCUUCUUUCGAAAGUUUG